UCUCCCAACUCAGACACAUUCACAAAAUAUACACACGGUCGUACGUUGCUUUGGAAGAAAAGAUUUUUAUAUAAAUAGGCCAGUAUUUCAUUUCCCUAACUUACCUUCACUUCAUAGUCUUUCUCUUCUCUCUCUCAAUACCAACAACAGGAAAUGUCUACCCAUAGCACUGAUAAGAACGAAGUUCACCAUCAUGAGUCCAUCGCUAUGCCCGAGACCGCAUAUGACGGACAAGUUCGUGUUCACAACAGACAUAUUACCAAUGAGCCCAACCCAAAGACACAGCCUUUUGACCCUAUUGCCAACCCUGCUCCUCUUGGUUUGGCAGCAUUCGCCACUUCUUCUUUGAUUCUCGGUCUCAUUAACGCUGGUGUUCUUGUUACUUUCCCAACCAUGGCUGUUGGUAUCACCCUUGGAUAUGGUGCUAUUGGUCAGUUGAUUGCUGGUCUUGCUGAGAUGAGACUUGGAAACACUUUCGGUGCUACUUCGUUCAUUUCUUAUUCUUGCUUCUUCUUCUCAUAUGGUAUUAUGCUCCAGCCUCAGUCUGGAUUUUUGGCCGACGCUGCAGCAGGCGGUCUUCAAAAUGUUGAGUGGGCUGUCGGUUUGUUCCAACUUCCAUGGGCUAUCUUCUCUCUUUUGAUGUUCAUCGGUACCUUGAGACAACCCAUGGUUAUGCGAGUCAUCCUUGGUCAAGUCUUCUUGACCUUCUUCUUCGGUAUGCUUGGUGGAUUCCUUAUGAACCCCGUUCUUACCAAAGUUGGUGGUUGGUUCUCAGUCACCUUGGCCAUUACUGCCUGGUAUGGUAUGGCCGCUAUGCUGUAUACUCCUGAGAAUACCUACUUUACCCUUCCCAUUGGUGUCCUUCACAAGGAAGAGUAAGUGGUUGUCUGCGACAAUCCACAUCGAUAAAAAAAAUAAUCAAAUUCGUUCUUUUUAUCGAAUCCUGUUCGUGUUAUUUCCCCUCCGUUUUGUAAGAUAUAUUAUCCCGUAUAACAUUUAAAUCUCCAAAUAAUAUUCAACCUUUUCGUCCAUGCAAUCCAUAUUAUGUUGUGUUGUGUUGUGUUGUGUUGUGUGGUAGUUGGAAUUGUGCGGUACAGAGAAGUAGAUGUUGAGAGUCUGUCGUACAUGGGUUGUUGUCGAAUAAGGAUUUAGUUUUUGCCGAGGUUGGCAUGCUAUGAGCCACCCAAUGGGUUUAUGCUAUGGAUAUGGUCAGAUGUAGACAGGCUCAAAAUGAAGAGAGUAGAAAUAGAUUCAUGAUGGAAGUUAUA